UAAACCUGUUCUCUGAGCAGACUAGAUGGAUCUCUGAGCACUUUCCAUUUCUGGACCUUUGAGUGACCUCCCCUACAGCAAGUGGGCUCAGGUGCUGCAGGCGUGCUGGUGGGACAUCCCUUUGACACUGUCAAGGGCUGUCUUCAUUAUAACAGCAAAAGUGUUACUUUGUUGUAGAUGAGAGAUAAGCCUCAUCACUGGAGAGUUACCUAGUAAGUACAGACCAGGUGAACCUUCUGUUUCUCUCAGUCUGAAUUUCUCCCAGAAUGUAUGAUUAGUGCCGAGAAGGGACAUAAAAACCCCCCUGGAGUCCUUCUUCCCAGGCACCCCAAGCUCUGACUAGUAAUUGGGGGUGGAGGGUUGUGGGUAGGGACAGUAUCCCAAGCUGGCUAGAACUUCCACUGACCAGCCCAGUUUUCCAUGUCUUCCCCCACAAAAAAAAAUUUCCUGGGGGAAUUAGCACUAUUAUCACUACUCAUAUAACUAGACCCGACUUCCGAGCACCCUUUAUUCAGAGCAUUUAAAUUAUUUCCUCCAAUGCUUGAGACUUGAAGCCUCUUUCUCCCUCUAACCCAGAGUUGGGAUGACCAUACUUAGAUACAUCAGGACCUGGAAGGAGAAGGGGAUCAUUGGGAUUGGAGGGAGUGUGGGGAUGGGGAUGAAUGAACCUCAAGACUGCUUUUUGGAUAAAGGGUAGUUUGUUUCAUACAUCUGAGGUUUUCUACCCGAUUUUAAAGCAAACUUGAACUAGUAGACAGGCAGCCUGUCAUAAAGUCCUGGUUUGAGAGUGAUCAGGGAUUGGGAGCCUCCUUCCUGCAGUGUUUCUAAGCCCUGUCUCUAGGAAGGAACAGCAUGUUCUCAUUCACAGGAGUUUUAAUUAAAAUAACUUUCUGAAUGUUAGAGGGAAAAAAACACCCCACGGAAAAUCCCAUUAUGUUUCAAAACCAACACAUAAGUAAAACCCAGCCCUUUUUAUUUUUUAAAUUUUGGCCAGACAGGUGACCCUUUCUUAAGAUGCAUUUGAACAGUUCAGUUUCAUAGAACCUAACCUUUGUUACUGCUUGGUAUGAGCCAGGUGGGCAUUUCCUCUGGAUGCUGUUCCACAUGCACCAUCACACUUUUUUCAUGGAGUUAUAAACCUACACAGUUGUGCUAUUUUUUUUUUCUGCUGUUGUUUGAAGUAAAGAAGCAUUUUUAAAAAUUCAUCCUCAUUUCCUCUGCCCCUCCACACACUCCCGUACAAAUACCACUACUAUGUAAUAUCUUCCUAAAAAAGUAAGGUUAUGAGAAUCCCCCUUUUGAGGUUCUGGUUUUUCCAGGAUGGCUAUUAACUCCAAAGGUCAGGUGAAGGGACCCUUCCUUCCCCUAUGGACACAGUGGAUCUUCUUCUGGUUCCCUCCACAGAAGAUAGGAUAGAUGGCCUUCCCUUACUGCUUUCAGAACCAGGUGCUAAUAAGAAGUCAGGGAAAGGCCUUGCCAAAGAAAAUUAAAGGAAUAAUUUAAAAAAAAAACAACCCAGUAAGGAUGAUAGAAUGUAGAGCUGGAAGUCUUCGCUCACUUUACAAAGGAGGACACAGGCUGGAAAGCACAAAGAUUUAAUUCUCAGUCUCCAAAUUUAGUACUCUUUGGUUUUGAAACUACCAGAAGGGUGGGGGCAGGAUGCUCUCUACCUCAGUUACAUACAAAUACAGCUUUGGGGAAAUGUUUCUUCAUAUCUCUGCAACUUGAAAAAAAAUGCAUAUCAAGAGCAGAGAUAAACCCCAGGGUUUAGGGGUGUAUCCUCUGUAGGAGAACGUCCUCCUUCUCCCAGCUGCUGAUAUCUGAAGUCUAAAGCCAGCCCCAUGGAACCUGCCCUCCUAACUGGAGAGAGCUGCUUGCUGAUUGAGCCCCGUGGAGUCUGGUCUGGACCUGACACUGCUCUCCUUAAAAAUAAGGUACGCCUCCAGGUUCAGAGUGUAGAGAAACCUCUCUACCGAGGGACUUUCCACUGCUUUCAGUCCAUUAUCAAGCAAGAAACUGUAUUUGGCCUGUAUAAAGGUAUUGGAUCGCCCAUGAUGGGUCUGACCUUUAUCAAUGCCCUUGUGUUUGGGGUCCAAGGCAACACAAUUCGGGCCCUGGGAAAGGACACACCCAUGAACCAGUUCAUGGCCGGGUCUGCUGCAGGUGCCAUCCAGUGUGUGAUCUGCUGCCCCAUGGAACUGGCCAAAACUCGGAUGCAGCUUCAAGGCACGGGCGAGUACAAACUGAAGACAAGGACCUACAAAAACUCCCUGGACUGCCUGGCGAAGAUCUACCAGCAGGAGGGCCUGCGUGGCAUUAACAAAGGCAUGGUGUCCACUCUGAUCCGUGAGACGCCCAGCUUUGGCUUCUACUUCCUCACCUAUGACUGCCUUACCCGCUCCCUGGGCUGUGAGCCUGAAGACAACUUUGUGGUGCCCAAGCUGCUGUUGGCAGGUGGCAUGUCUGGGAUUGUGUCCUGGCUCUCGACCUACCCUGUGGAUGUGAUUAAGUCCCGCCUACAGGCAGAUGGCGUGCGGGGUGUUGAACAGUACAAUGGCAUCCUCGACUGUGUGCGCAAGAGUUAUCAGAUGGAAGGCUGGAGGGUGUUCACCCGGGGUCUCACAUCUACCCUGCUACGGGCCUUCCCAGUCAAUGCAGCCACCUUUGCCACCGUCACCAUCUUCCUUAUGUACAUGCGGUCAGAGGAAGUGAUGACAGAGUGUGAGACAGCCCUCCCUCAGCCUUCCAGCUUGUAAAGAUUUGCCCCCAGCCCCAGGAUGUCUCCUUCACUUUUGACAUGUCCCUCUCCCCCCACCCAGAGCUGGACUUUGCCCUAUUGUAUUUUUGUAAAUGCCUGUCAUUGUAGAAAAUUAUGUAAACAAACUCUACUAAGUUUCUUUCACCUGACUUGACCUGGGUUCUAUCUUGUCCUCUGGGGAGCCUGAGUAUCAUUCCUCCUGGUGACACAGACCUUCCUUCUAUUGUUUCUUGGGAAUGUAGCCAACCUCUCUUCAAAAGCACCUCAGAAGCCAGCAUUCUGAUCCUCGGGCACCCUGGAGUUAAUUCUUUUUCUCUUGAUGCCAGCAUUCUGACAAAUUCUUUCCUGGAUUUUAAUCAACCCAACCCUUCUUCCAGGGGGUCAAAUCUAUACCACUUUUGAAAAGUUUGGAGGUCAUUUGUCCUUGGGCCUGGUCACAUUUUAUUUUCUUAUACUGGGCCAAUUUGAUUUUUCUGAGGCUUAAAUUUAGAGACCUCUAGCAUGCAUUCAGAGCAAAGGAUUUGGAGUCAGACCUGGGUUUGAAUAUCACUUCUGUUCCUGUGUGACCUUGAGCAAAUCGCUUCUUCCAUGGGAUCCAGUUUUCUUUAUCAUAAAACGAAGGUGUUGGAAUUGGUGAUCUCUGUGGUCUUUCCCAAUCUAAAUUUUAGGAUUCAUAGUCAAGGCAUGUUGCUGGCUUCCUGUUCUUCCUAUCCCAGAGGAUAAGUCUUGGCUGUCUAGGCUAAGAAACACUUCCCCUAUGGUUCCGGAUCAGCACACAUUUCAUUCAGGGGGGGCACACAGAGAGGCCUAGGCAUCACUGCCCAGCAAAAUGGCACCUCUUCCACCCUUCCUCAGGAACGGAAAGUUUGUUUGUGAUGUUUUAUAGUUAAUAAAGUCAACUAACAUUUUUAUCUUGUUAAACUCAGAACAGGGAGAACUAAUGGAGUCAGAUGAGAAUGCCAUAGCCGCUCCCACCCCUUGCAUUGUUCAUUUUGAAUGGGCAUUUUAGGCCAUAGCCCACAGUGAUAUAGGUAGAUGUGGUUUCAGCAUGUUGAGAAGUGCACAGCAUGAAAUGUAGACUCUGGGAAUCUUUGCGUUUAUUGCUAUCAGAAUGCCAUUCUCACUUUUGAGGAUCUAAUAAGCCUUGUUAAUGCAAAUACUUUGGUAGAGAAUGGGGCCAUUCACCAUAUUGUUUCCUGCGAAGCAGGAAAUGACUCUCCAUUGGUGAACAGUGCAGGGGACUUGGGACAGGUUUAGGGAGUUUAGGGGAUGGGUCCUUUUUACAUUGUAUUUUAAGAAAAUAUAAUUAAAAGCAAUUUGCACUGUCAGAAAUUAUGCUGGAGACACUUAUUUUCUGGAUCCAAUUAUUUGGCAGAAGGCAGAGGAGGGUAUUGUGGCCAUUUGGAGGCUCCCACUGAAUGUGAAAUGUGUCACCUAAAGUUUAUGUACAAGUCAAUGAUACCUUUGUAAGAUAUUCUGUAAUUAUUGUACAGUCAAUAAAUUUUUUUUUUAAAUCAA